AUUCCAUAGAAUACUUCUUUAAAAAAAAACAUCUCAAAAAUGACCUAAAUUUUUAGCGGUCACACUGGUAAGGCCCUUUAAAGACGUGAGAGAAAUCUCGUAUCGUUGAAAACGACGUUAAAAGAACAACGGAACUGUGCAUGAAGACAGUGAAAUUAAUCGCGACUCGCUAAGGAGAGUAUUUUAUUAUUAAUCAUUGUCACACGUGUUAUGCCGUAUGCAGCUCGUUGCAUAAGUGUCUGGAUUCCGUGCAUACGGUUCAAUGGAUCGUGGCGUGAAAUCCACUUAAUCGGUGUAUCGUUGUCUGUGCGUACUGUUACUUCCGCUGUUUUGUACUGUUGUCAUGUGUGCGUACAAGUUGAUCGAUGAGAACAAUAAUUAUGUCGUUGAGCUGCCUAAUGGCGUUAACUAAACCUUAACAGUGUUAACAUCGACUCGCGUUCGAGGGACUUGAUCCAUCCUUGAUUGCCAUUAGGUAGCCUUUGAUUGCAAAACGAACCAACUUAAAAGGUUUGAUCUAAUAAUAUUUCAUUCCUGUUCCAAUUCAGUAUUGACUAUUUUAAUUUACUGUUUCACGUGGAUUUCGUGUCAUGAGUGAUUCGUUCGGAUUUCAGUUCCUCGACGGUCGAUGUGAUUCUAUCUAAAGUUCGAUCUAUAUCAUGUUGUGAUAUUCUGUAGCCAAAUGAAUUUAAAUAAAAGAAGAGCGUGAUGUCAGGGAAUCGUGGAACGGAGUACUUCGAUUCAUUUCCUAAAUUCAUUUUACAGAACAUUGUCAAGUGUUUUUUCCUUCUGCCCUCAAGACCAACGAUCUCAAUCACGAACCAUUUCGAUAAGUCGUCAGUUCUCAAAGCCGACAUAAUGUCUUUUGCUUUUAACUACAAGUCUCGAUAAGAUCGCCUCUCUUGGAUCUAAAUUAAAUAAGAUAAAGAUAACUUUUUAAGUGCGAUAGAACGAUCCCAAGUAGCGAAACAAUAUAACCAAAGUAUAAAUAGUACUCAGAUAUCAAAUUGAUCGAUCAACCUUGGAUAUAAAUUGCACGUUGUUUUGCAAUCUGAUUCUUUUCAAGAUUUUUGUUGCUCUCAACCGAGAUAGAAUCUGUUUUACAGUAAACAAGUAAUUGAUCUAUUAAUAAGCUUUUAGUGAAACGACUGUAAGAAUUCUUAGGCACUUAGUAAAGGCAGUGAAUAUUUGUAAUAAUAACAAACUGUAAAACAGCAAUCUAGCUUUAAAAUAUAUAUCCAUGUACAACCUGUUAUCGCGCAGGACCAAGGACGGCACUCAGGAUUUAAUCACCUGGAAGGACAUAAAAUUGAUUGAGUCAUCGGAGCGUGGAACGAUUAUCAAGCUCGCCGAUAACGCUAGGUGGGCGCGAGGAUUCCGUGCGCGGAAAUAUGCAAAUGAGACAUGAAAGCCGGAGGAGAGCAUGUAGAUACGAGGGACAGGCCGCGGUAUACGAGCGAAAAAGGAAGAGCGAAGCGAGGGCAGUCGAAGACUGAUGACGUUUGGCAUUGAAACGAGCGAGCCGCGCAUCGACACCGCCGCGCCACGGCCAGCUCGGGCUCGUUCGGUAGCAUUAAUAAAUGAGGGACAUCAGCUUUUAAUUACGCGCCUCACUCGUAAUUGUGACCUGCAGCGAAAUCGUAGGCCCGGCCGGUUUACAAGGCCCGCGGACGACUAUUGAUAACAGACGUCGUUGCUGCCCGUUGCUUGCCUGAUCCGCCGAUGAACCGUGGGCCGAUUAACGAUCGCCCGCAAUUACAGUCGACCGUCCAGCCGAUAUACCUCUAUCUCGCUUCCCUUCGUACGGGACGCUCGACCGCGAUUUUAUGAACGGCUCGCAGCUGAUAACAACUUUUUUAACUCUGACUUCGAGUAAUGGAUGAAGUAAUUACGUUACCGAGGUUGAUGUAAGUCGAAACGAUGGACUCGCAAGAAUUUAUUGUUAUUGUAGGCGGCGUAGGUUUUUCGUUUGUUGGUAACUCGCGAGUUCGUUUACGACGGACGUCCGUUAAGUAUCGGGCACAGAUGGGCUUUUACAUUUUUCACGUUUGCAUCGACUGCCGCCAGCCGCGUCGUAAAACGCACGAAUCCAAUUUUCGUGGAAACGAUGAAUUUACGACUAAACUAUUCAGUGCGUGUUUCGUCUCGCUGUUGCAAAAUAAUUUACAAUAUAAUUUAUUCUGAGCACUGCAGCUUCCCCGUCAAGUAAAAAUACGAAACGUGCUAUAAUCUUUUAUUAUUGAUAUUGAUAUCAAUUUUUAUGUACAUCUUCUGAGCAUGAUCAAUUUUCCGAGCUUAUUAGGUACAGCAUCUCUGACAACCUUUGACCCAAUGAAUAACUGUGCAUCGAUACCAAUAAGUCGUGUUCCCAUGAAUUAUUGUUCUGUUGUUAUGACGUUUAUGCACGUCUCUCACGAGCCGAGAUAUUUAGUCGGUAUUCGGUAAACGCUCGACGAGGAGAAUUAUCUACCGUCAAAGCGUUUCCAUAACAAUUCUGACGUUUGUUGUCAUAGCUGUUUCGCAAGUGCAGACAUUUAUUGUGCUGAACGUUCAACUAUCAUUUUCUCGUGCAUUAUGAAACAUGAGUUCCAAUAAUAGAUUAAUUUCCUUAUUGUUUAGCGUGACACGAGGCCUUUCCCGUUACAAUCAAAUGUUUGCACCGCAGAUGGAAACGGAAAACACUUAAUAAUGUUACUCAGUCAGAAAUCCUUGGAUGUGUCACGACGGUGAAGAAGCUGAACUUGAAUCUGAAGUAUGUUUGAUACGAUUUCAUCGUUUCAAGCAUAAACAAUAGAUUGAUAAAACACGUUGGUGGCAGGGGACUGCUCGCGCUCAGCGCGGGUGACUCGAUUCACAAAGAUCCGCACUUCAAACCUGGCCACGAUGCCAUGGUACAUCUGUUCGAGUGGAAAUGGAACGACAUCGCGAAGGAAUGCGAACAGUUCCUUGGACCCAUGGGAUUCGGCGGUGUUCAGGUGUCGCCUUUACAAGAGAAUCUCGUAAUUAACAACAGACCAUGGUGGGAACGUUACCAACCAAUUUCCUACAUAUGGACAACGAGAUCCGGCUCGCGAGAGGAGUUCAUCAACAUGGUAGCCAGGUGCAACAAGGUCGGUGUUCGAAUCUACGUGGACGCCAUCCUGAACCACAUGUCCGGCAACUGGCAGAACGCGCACGGUACCGGGAACUCGAGAGCCGACACUAACAGCCUCAGUUACCCCGCGGUGCCUUACACUGCACAAAAUUUCCACAAACCCUGUGCGAUCAACAAUUACAACGACGCAGUGAACGUGCGAAACUGCGAGCUGACCGGCCUCCACGAUUUGGAUCAAAGCCAGGAAUACGUUCGAAACAAGCUUGUGGACUUCAUGAAUGCCGCUAUCGACGUAGGCGUAGCUGGCUUCCGCAUUGACGCCGCGAAGCACAUGUGGCCGGCUGACUUGAACGUCAUCUACUCGAGGCUUCACAAUUUGAAGACUGAACACGGUUUCCCAGCGAAUGCUCGACCGUACAUAUUCCAGGAAGUGAUCGAUUAUGGUGGCAAGGAGGCGGUGUCGAAACACGAGUACAACUCGAACGCCGCGGUGAUCGAGUUCAAAUACGCCGGUGAACUAUCGAACGCUUUCCGUGGCAACAAUCUCUUGAAAUGGUUCGUCAACUGGGGAGAGAAAUGGGGACUUCUACCUUCAGGGGAUUCUCUCGUGUUCGUUGACAAUCACGACACCCAACGCGACAACCCGCAGAUAUUGACUUACAAAAAUGCCAAAAUAUACAAGAUGGCUGUAGCCUUCAUGUUGGCGCAUCCGUUCGGUACCCCGCGAGUGAUGAGUUCCUUCGAUUUCCAAAGUAAGGAUCAAGGACCACCUCAAGAUGGAAACGGCAAUAUAAAUUCGCCAACGAUAAAAGAUGACAACAGUUGCGGCGGCGGGUGGAUUUGUGAGCAUCGUUGGCGACAAAUCUACAACAUGGUGCGGUUCCGUAACACGGUCAAAGGUACGGACGUGAACAACUGGUGGGAUAAUGGCAGUAACCAGAUCGCUUUCUGCCGUGGCAACGCUGGGUUCGUUGCGUUCAACGCCGACCAGUACGACUUGAACACUAAUCUCAAGACCUGCCUGCCGGCUGGACAGUAUUGCGACGUGAUCUCCGGUAGCCUCCAGAACGGAAAGUGCACGGGCAAGACUGUCAAUGUGCAACAGAACGGCGAGGCUCGUAUCGAAAUCCCGAAGGGCGCCGACGAUGGGGUACUUGCCAUCCAUGUCGGGGCUAAACUGUAAGAACGUCGAGUACGGACUUUGAAAAUGGUAACGAACAAUUAAGCAGAGCUCAAGAUUUCAUGGUGCAGUUUUCCUCCAAGUAUUAUUAUAUGUAUUCCGCCUUAGUAUUGAAAUAAAUGAUCGUCAAUUUAA